GAGGAGACCACACAGAGAACAUCAAAAGCAAUAAACAGGGUUGGAAGAGAUGUAUGUGAAUUUUUACCUCAUCUGGAAGGACUGUAGUAAAUUUGUGCAGUAUUAACAUUAAUGGAGGCUAGAACUGCUGAAGAGGCUCAAAAUGAGAACUCAAAAUCUUGUAGAAUUUGUACUGUCUGUCAGCCUCUAAUAGUUUAAAGGCUGUUCUUUAGAAUGAAUGUUGCAGGAUUUUUUUUGUUUCUCUUUAGAUUACAGUUACAGAAAUCCACUUGUGAAAUGUUGGUCUAGGCCAGGGAUGGCCAACCUAUGGCGCAUGCACCAAAAGUGGCGCAUUGGAUGAUUAGAAGUGACGCAUUGCACUCCAGUGAUACUAAUAAAAAAAUGGAUCAAACGUCUGAUGAAGAUGUGGACCAUGCUGCAGAGGAAGAUAGUGAUAAAGAGGACCAGGACUUGGAUAAAAUGUUUGGUGCCUGGCUCGGUGAACUUGACAGGCUCACUCAGAGCCUGGACACCGGGAAGCCUGAAGAGCUAAAGAGGUCCCCACUUCGACAGGAGACCAAUCUAGCAAACUUCUCCUAUCGGUUUUCAAUGUACAAUCUGAAUGAGGCUCUGAGCCAAGGUGAUGGAGUGGAUCUGGAUGCACUCAUGGCAGAUCUCUGCACUAUGGAACAGGAACUCAGCAGUAUCAGUAAGGAACCCUCCAGACAAGACAGUAUGAGAAAAUCCCUCAAGGAGGUGGUACCUGGUCAAGUGCACAGCAAAGAAACCAAAUCAGCUCAGAAACAGUCCAUUAAUCAAGCAACUUCUAAACAUGGAAGUUUGAAAGGAUCUUCAGCCAGAAGCCCAAAAUCUUUGCAUUCCAACCUUUCUCUGGAUGAUAUCACUGCUCAACUGGAACAAGCCUCCCUCAGUAUGGAUGAAGCAGCACGCCAGGCCAGCACCAUGACACUCGAGAUUAAGCCCACUGUAACCAGUCAGCAUCGACGAGCAGGCUCAGCUGGUACCGUUAGUGAUGUAGAUAUCCGCUCAACUAGUACUUCAUCUCGAUCCAGUAUUACCUCUGCUACAUCAAGCCAGGAUUCGUUGGACAUUGACAAGGUUACUCGACCACAGGAUCUUGAUUUGAACCAGCGAGGACAACCGGCAACAGAGCAUGUUCCCUCGAAUCGGCUCAGUAAACAGGUCAGACGCCAUCUUGACUUUAUGGAGGAAGACUUGGAGCUAAGGACUCAUUCCUAUCUGGACAGGGAAACGUCAAUCAUUUUGAGAAACAUAGCUGGAAAACCUUCUCAUUUGCUGACCAAGGAGGAGCAAGCUGCAAGACAAAAAGCAGAGAAAAUCAGGGUGGCACUGGAGAAGAUCAAAGAGGCACAAGUCAAAAAGCUGGUGAUACGGGUCCACAUGUCUGACGAGAGUUCCAAAACUAUGAUGGUUGAUGAAAGACAAACAGUCAGGCAGGUGCUAGACAACCUCAUGGAUAAAUCGCACUGUGGAUUCAGCUCAGAUUGGUCAUUAGUUGAAACAAUUCCAGAACUUCAAAUGGAAAGGAUCUUUGAAGAUCAUGAAAAUCUGGUGGAGAACUUGCUGAACUGGACUCGGGACAGCCAGAAUAAGCUCACGUUUACUGAACGCAUUGAGAAGUAUGCUCUUUUUAAAAAUCCACAGAAUUAUCUACUGGGCAAGAGGGAAAACUCUGAAAUGGGAGACAGAAAUAAAGAAGCAUUACUUGAGGAAUUUUUCUGUGGAAGUUCUGUGACUGUUCCAGAGAUUGAGGGCUUACUUUGGCUGAAAGAAGAUGGCAAGAAAUCAUGGAAGAAGCGUUAUUUCCUACUCAGAGCUUCUGGAAUCUAUUAUGUUCCAAAGGGAAAAACAAAGACCUCUCGGGACUUGGCUUGUUUCAUUCAGCUAGAUCAUGUGAAUGUGUACUAUGGCCAGGAUUAUCGAAGCAAGUACAAAGCCCCCACGGACUACUGCUGUGCACUCAAGCAUCCUCAGAUACAGAAGAAGUCUCAAUACAUUAAGUACCUCUGUUGUGAUGACCUCAGAACCCUUCACCAAUGGGUGAAUGGCAUUCGCAUUGCCAAGUAUGGGAAACAGUUAUAUGACAACUAUCAAGAUGCUGUGAAACGGGCUGAAGCUGCAUAUGAGUGGUCAUCCCUGUCCAGUGCAAGUAUGAAAUCCGGAUCCAGUUCUUCCAGUCUGCCAGAAUCCCAUUCAAAUCAUUCGAAUCAGUCAGACAGUGGUGUUUCUGAUUUGCAGUCUACGGGUCAUGUUCGCUCCCAAAGUAUUGUCAGCUCCAUCUUCUCAGAGGCUUGGAAAAGGGGCACUCAAUUGGAGGAGCAGCAACAACACUCCAAGAUCAGGACAGAUUCAGUCAGAUCCUACCCUUCUGUGCCACCGACUUCCCCUCAGACCAGGGUCAGUGUGCCUCAUGUGGCACCACAGCCCUCUCCUCCCCCUCCACCACCCCCUCCGCCACCACCUCCACCUCCCCCACCUGCUGCCACACUCAACAAAUACAGCACAAUCAGCAGAGAGCAGUCAAGCAAACGGCCACCUCCACCUUCUUUUGCAACACUGCCCGUGGGCCAGCAGGUCCUCCCCCCACCUCCACCCUCACAACUUGUGAAGCCCCAGCUGCUGAUGGAAAGUGGUGCUCAGAGUACUUCACCAGUCUCCUCAAUGCCACCACCUCCAUCACCACUUCAGGCAGCCUCUACUCCAUCUCCUCUUAAACCAGAGCUGCCUAGCCCUACUCCCAUGGUUCCUGCCUUCACACCUCCACCUCCACCACAGAAGAUGCAACAGCAAUGUGUUCUCUUACCUUCCCAGCAGUCCCUAGCUCCUCCUCCACCACCUCCGCCUCCACCUCCACCUCCACCACCACCACCUCCUCCACCACCACCUCCUCCAUUACCUCCACUGCAGGGUACUGUCACCAAAAAGAUAGGUGUGCCUUUCGAGGCCUCUCUAAGUCAUCAGCCUGAAAAAGCUUCCAAACUAGCAACACAAAGUGCUGUUCAAAUGGACCCCCCUCCAGCACUUUCCCCUCCACCACUUUCAGUAAAAGCAUCUAGGUUCUCAGCUGCACAGGUCUCACUGCCCCCACCCCCACCCUUGGGUCCCCCUUCUUCUCAUACAACCACAACAAAGCAAUCAGCUGUGUCUGCAGACCAAAUGCCAGUCAUUGCAUCUCCUGCUGUUUCCAUAGUGAAACAGACCUUAAGCCAGUUCCAGCCUCUACCUGCAGCUUCAAGUGCAAAGUCAUCACCUGCCCCACUUCAAACUCCUACAUCUCCCCCAGCUGUGAAAGCAAAACCCAAAUGGCAACCAGGUUCCCUCCCAUCACCUGAGUUUCCCCCUCCACCUCCUGAAAGCAGUCUACCCCAACCUCCUCCCCUUAACCCUACCCCCCCUCCCACCCCAGUCAAAUCAACUUCAGUCAAAAAACCUCAGAAAACAUCCAGUCCUGGUGGAAAGAAGCCGCCUCCCACACCUCAGAGACACUCCAGUAUAAAAGGACCCAGUUGUACAGAUGCAAAAGAAUCCAGAAAACCCGUGGAAUCUCUCAGUAAUAAGUCUGAACAACCAACAAUACCUUCAGGACCUCCCACACCAGAUAUGAAUGCCUCUCCACCUGCCCCUCCGAAGCCUGGUAAAUUAAAUUUGGCUGCAGUUAACUUGAUGUUCCCACCAGGAGGGCCGCCAAGCAAAGGACCAGGAGUUCCAGCUGUUCCAAAGGAGCCUGUUUCUGAGUUUCCUUCACCACCUUCAGAUUCAGAUUUCCCUCCCCCACCUCCAGAUCUAGAUCUUCUACCCCCUCCUCCAUUGGAGAUGGCACCUCCUGGCUUUUCCAAUGCUGUCCCGCUCAAGGUAGCAGUAGUCAAUCCUCAGCCUCAGACGUGGUCCAAAUCUUCAAUGAAGAAAGCACCACCUCCAGUACUUCCCAAAAGGAGUGACAGCACUCGCUUAACACAGGGAGAGUCUUUGGAACAGCAGGGUCCUCCCAUUGCCUCAGUACCGGUGUCUCCCAAGCCUGCCUUGUCUGUGCAGCCUCAUUUUCUGGCUGACCUCAAUAGGACUCUGCAGAGAAAGUCCUUCACUCGACAUGGCUCGCUGGCUUCCACACGACCAUCCAAGACGGAACACAUCACCACCAUGGACGACAUGGCACUUCCUCCUCCUCCUCCUGAAUUGCUUUUUGACCAGGAGUCAACCAGUUCAUAUGCUUCUGGCAACAUCUCAGGCUAUGCAACGUUACGGCGUGGACCACCUCCUGCUCCACCCAAACGGGGUGACAACACCAAGUUGAGUAGAGACUGUUAAUGAGUCAGCUGCCUGAGCACUGUUUACAUGCUGCCCUAUACACUCAUAAUCUGCAGAAUUCGGAGCCGUACAUUAACUGCUUUUCUUAAAACCCUGGCUGCGUACAUCUUCCAACCAAGUUAAAUCAAUUACCCUUCGUAGGAUUGCUUGUCCUUGGAUCAGUGGAGUGUUGUGUUUCAUUUGUAAAAUCAAAUUGCUCUACUCGUGUAAAUAUAGAUGCUUUGAUAUAUAAUGGGACCUAGUGUUGGGAUAGAUGCUGAGUUUUUGUGCUUCAAAGCUUCCCAGUUAGUAAUGACCGAGGGGGGGGGGGGAUGCGUGGUUCUGUCUUUAUUAACAUUGGAAGAUGUCUUAAUUGGCACCUUUCCAGUGUAAUAAUUUCCAAUGCAGACUUUUGUAAUAGGAAGCUCAGGUUUAAAGAGGGAUUAUCCCCUUGAAUUGUAAGGGAAGUACUGUUGUGUUUUUUUUUCUGUUGAACUUCAACAUUUGCGUGUUUCGUGUCAAAAUAAAUCUGAGAGUAUUCUGAGCUCCUCAAUUUCACAUUUUCUGAUCACAGCAGAAUAAAGAAAUACUACAGUUUAAAGGAAUGGCAAUGAUUCUGAAAAAUAUUAGUUAUCAGUUGGAAUCUGAUUUGUCUAAAAGUAGGACAGAUUGAGAACUAGAUUGCAUGGGUCUGACUGAACCUUCUCCAAACCAAAGCGUUGAUGGUGUAAACACACUAAAUUUCUAAGUUGGCAUAUUGAAGUCUAAAAGCAGAGCAGCAAUGAAUUUCAAAAAUGUUGAAAUUUCUUUGCACUCUAGGGAAUAGCCAUACAGGCGACCCCAGCAUUGUGACUGUUUGUGCAACAGAAAUUCACUUGUAGAGCAUUGAGAAAUCACUACCAAAAAUGAAUGGAAUUUGUGUAAGGUAAAAGGAACUAUUUUCUAACUUGCAUAUUUUGACAUCUGAACAGAUCACAUGGCUUCAGGUUAUGGAAGGUCACAAUGCGGACUAUUUUCUAGGAAUGCAACCCACCUGUAAUGUCAGGGUCAUCUGUAUUGCUUUGUACAGGUCAAAGAACAGGAUCAGCAUUACAACCACGUUGUUUUUUUUUUGGAAUUGUCUUACUUGUUUUCAUUAAUCCUUUAAUUGAAGAUGUUUGCAGAUGAGCCCAGUAGGCAAAAAGGUUCUAAGAUUCAAUCAUUGCUUUUCUCAGCUACAACUACGUCAGAGUGGUAUGGGAGGAAGUCGUCCGCUAACUGGAAAAAUUCCGGAUGCGACGUACCUUUCCUUUUCUAACCAACUGAGGGAUGCAGUUGGUUUUGUGCCUGUCAGCUGAAGAAGUCAGUAGUUGCCUGAACAUGUAAUAGCAAGAAAAUAUGUGCAGUAGAAGUGAAAAUUUGGCUGGGUUAUGAUGCCCUCUUCCUGACAUUAUAAAGAAGGUAAUAGCUCAGAAAAUAUUGCUUGUGCAUCCAAGUGCAGCAAGGCGCUUGAGAGAAAAGGGGGACAGAAGUGGGGGAUAAAGAAAUUGCCUUAAACAUCCAAGGAAAAUAAAGUCUGAUUUAAUGACAGACUCAGACAGAAUUUUUUUUCAAACCAGUUAACUAAUUUGCCUCCUUGUAGAAAUGUCAGCUAGAUCAAAGAGCCAAAAACUAAAAAAAACUUUAUAAAAAAAAAAAAAAAUCUGCUCUGUGACCUACAGUUUAUGCUGUAUGACAAGAUUGUAUCUCAGUUCCUUAGGCAGGUUUCACCCAUGAGGACACCAACCCUGUUGUCUUGCAGAAUAUAGUAAGACAAGGUUGGAGGUCAUGUGCAAUUAACAAACAUCUACCAUCCCUCUGGCAUAUUUGCAUUCUAUAUUCAUUCAUGCUCCAGGUAACAAACUGAUGACUACAGAAAACCAUCCUUCCAGUAUGCAAUGCAUUGUGUAUUAUUGCAUGGAGUAUAACUAAUAGCAGAGAAACUGAAAUUUCUGCUAAAGGAUUGCAUGAGAGAUCUUCCUUUAAAUUUCAAUGAAACUUAAGAGUAUUCAGCCCAUUGGGACUGUACCAGCUCCUUGUUUUUGUAAUUGGCCAUGCAUUUUUUUUUCCUGGGAAUGGAAAAUAGGUACCUGCCCUAUUCCUUGUAAAAUCCAAUCCAGCAUCAUUUCAAGCACAAUAACAGAUCACCAAACUUCACUGUUAAAAGAAAAUAUUUCCUCAUUCGCUUCCUUUUAACACCUAUCUUAAUUUUGUGUAAGCCAGUUACCAGCAAUCCUACCAGUGAAAAUAAUUUCACUUUAUUAAAUGCCUUAAUAAUUUUGAAGAUCUCUAUUAAAUCUUCAUCUCUUUGCUCCAUGAGCAAUCAACUACGCCCUCUUCACUGGUGUCUUCUUCCCAGUACUAAGUACAGUGACAAUUCUGUUAUACGUAUCAGCACUUUAUUUAUUGAUUUACAAUGAACAGUUCUAUAUCCACACUACUUAUAGUCAUAUAGUGACAAAAGUUCAGCCAAUAUUAGUGUGGCUUAAAUAUUACCAGCUGGCAUCAGCUUUUUGAGUAAGAUUGAUAAUAGUGAUUGUUUUAAUUGCUACUUGCUGUGAAAAUUUUGCACGUCUGCCAGUACUCUGCACUGAGUUCCAGUGACACAUUGUAUAAUGUUUCCAUUUCCCACAGUAAAACCCGGUGUAUCAAUAUGUUCUCAUUCCUACAGUCCAUCUUCUGUAGCAUAUUCCAGUACACAACAGAGCACCUCACAUACAGUCUUUGGUGCAGCACAUUCUGCAUUUACUUCUGAAUACCUAGUGUCUAGUAUUCCCAUUUACUACAGCAAAUCUCCCAUACAGUGUUCUUAUUCGCUGCAGAAUGGUGGGUACAGAUCAUUUUCGUUCUCUGCGACACCUAGUGCUCUGGUAGAGUAUUCCCAUUCAUUGCAGCAUUAACUGUGGACAGUAUUUGCAUUCAUUAAAGCAUUUGUGCUGUAUACAGUAUCCCAUUUCACUGCAACACACCCUACCCACAGUAUUCCAAUUCAUUACAGUGCUUCCUGCAUACAAAUAGUAUUCCCUUUCAUUAAAGUGUCCCCUGUCUACAGUCCUCUCAUUCACUGCGACAAAUCCUGGUAGCAUUCAGUGCUUUCCCAUUUACUGCAGAAUACUCUUUCUAUGCUGCUCCUAUUCAGGGCAACUUUGAAAGCACUUCAUCCAGAUAGUAUUUUAGUGCCCUGUUCAAGCUUGAUAGGUGCUCAUUGCAUGGGUGUGAACUCAGAUGAAUCAGAUUUUACACUUGAUGCCAUUGGCCCUUUUUUCAAUUUGUAUAUCACCCAAGCAUUAAAAGACAAUGAUAUGAUGCCUGGUCUCCUUGAAAGGGAGUUCUAAAUAGAAGCUACUGUGAUAAAUGCUUUCUGCUACAUGUUGUUUAUUUGUGAUUUAUACAUUUUCCUUAACAAUGAAAGAAUAAUCAAAUUUAAUUUUCUGUUAUCUGAUCUGUUCACAUACAAUUUAUGAUCACCGUUUUUAUAAAUUUCUGGAUGGAAACUUGAGAGUAUGGUUUACAGGGAAAAUACGGGAUAGCACAAAUAACCUAAUAGUAACAUCUCUUGCCAUUUAGCUUAAAUUUUUGAUUACCUGCCUUUCUGUUUUCUUUAUUUACUCUAAAUUUGUAUUGAUAUUAACCCUCCCUUCAAUCCUUAAGGCCUAAGAAUAAACCUGUAAUCUCAGUCUCUCCAUAUAAAUAAGUUCCUUCAUUGCUGGUAUUCAUUCUAAUAAAUCUCCCUUUUUCCCUCUCCAAGGCGUUGACAUUCUUCCUUCUUUGUAGUUCAAAGAAGUUGAACAAGGCCCCCAACAAAGUACUAAUUAAUGAGUUAGAAAGAUUUACUAGACUCCCUUGUUUUAUUAACUCCUGUUUAUAAAACCAGGGAUACCAAAUUCUGCGACAAUUUGUUCUAGUACCUUCAGUGAUUUCAGUACAUUGAUGUCUGAGUGGCUGCCCUAUUCUACUUUAAUAUUACGCCUCUAUGUUCAUAUUGUUUCACCUCAUUCGUAAUUUAAAAUGUCCUGGUAUUAAAUGUAAUCUGACUUGAAUCUAUGCUCCUGAAAUUUGCUGCAACCUUCCUCAUAGUGUACUGUUUUUAAGUUUCUUGCCAUCUACAAGUCCUGAUGAUUAAUAUUUAUUGAAGAACAGAGAUCCUAAAACUGAAAUUGAACGGCAAAACAGCACUUUUUUGAAGACUGAAAACCAGCUGCCACCAACUUUGUCCUUUUACAGAAAUAAAAAGGAAAUGACAAUUUGAUUGAGGAACAAGGAUUGGUUAGGGUAUUUGUAUUUUUGUUUUUUUAGGAAUGAGAAGUGAUUUUAAAAUAAUGCCAUUAUAUCAUAGAGUGCUACUGCCAUAAAAGCAUUUCCUCUGUCCUCCUUUAGAUGUAGAUAGUUAAAACAGCUCCAUCAUGUAAUUCACUCCCAAAAGAAAAGGAAAGUAAUUUGAAAAUCUCUUAAGCAUGUCUUUUUUUUAUCCUGAGGACCAAUCAGUCUGGCUAGGAAAAAUUUUAACUUUGGUCUGAAUGCCUUGGCAUUUGAUGAUUAAAAGGAGAAAAUCCAUAGCCAUUUUACAAGUUGGUUGAAAAGUAAAUAAUUGGAUACUGCUGGAUGAAAUUGUGGAAGAGGUUUGUAACUUAGCGAAUCCCAUAUCAACAAGUAAGAAAUGCAGAUGCUAGAAAUCUGAUGUAUAAGCAGAAAACUCUGAAAAUACUCACCUGGUUAAACGGCACCUCUGAUCAGGGUUUGUAUUCUGGCAACAAAACAAUCUCCUGAUGUAGAAUAUUUUCACUGGAUUUUUUUCAGUGUAGUUUGGAGCAUGAUCAGGAAGCACAGGAGAAAAUUCUAUUUUAUUCAUAAGAAAGUCAAGAGCAAAAUAUGAAGUCUGCUGAUUUAUUAGCUUCCAUUACCGCUGAUGCCAAGAGUUUGGUCAUGGAUUUUGUCUCUGUUUGUUUGAUGUUAUUUAAGAAUAGAGCUCUGAUAUUGGAUCUGAAGUAACAUCAAACAUCAAGCAUUUUGUAGAGGACCUAGAAAAUGAUAUCAUCUCCUCUACUUUCCUCGUUCACAGGUUUGGGAUUAUUGCUGAAAAGAUUUGCCGAUUUGCUCCAAUUGACUAAUACGAAUUGCAAUCACACUAUACUGGUGAUGGAGGGAGGAAAAGGAGACUGAUCUCAUGAUUAGAUGUGUUGUAGAUAGUGUUCAGUUUAUUGUGUAUUGUAGAUGGAAUCUCUGAGGAUCCAGAUAGUGAGCAGAGACUUAUUGUUGUCAGUCAUGGGUAGCCUUUGUUGUUACUUUCCCAUCCACAUUAUAGAUGGUUUCCUUCUGAUAAUUCUCCCUUGCUUCUUAUGGACCACAUUCAUGCAUUUUGUAUUGGUAGAGUUGUCUGUGGUGGACUGGGGAAGAGGACUCGAGUGGUCAUUCAAACCUUCAUGGGGAAAGGUGGCUUUUGAUUCCCAACAGCUGUCACUCAAAGGAUCAAAUGGGAAAUUGUUUUUACUGUCAAUUGUCUGUUGCACACUUGGUACAUAAAAUCCUCACAGAAAGCUUGAUGUUAUCAGUAUGUGGUUGAUGUAUGCUUUGGAGAAGAUUUAAUACAAUGAGUGAAGAGAAAGGAAUUUGUAAUCCAUUGUAAGUAUCCAUAUAUGUUUUAAAUCAUUUUAAAAUAAAGUAUUGAGAUUUUAGAAGACCACCUUAUCCAUGCUUCUGUUCAAACACAUUACUGAUAUGGGGAAAGGGGUGAAUGGGGAAGGACAGUGGUAAUAGGAGUGAAUGUGAAAAAGGACAAGGUUUGUACCAAAGACAAAAAUGAAUUAUUUUUAGCCAAAGAAUUAGUAGUGGUUGGUGAAAUUAUUGAGCUGGAAGAUGCUCAUGCGCAUUGUCCUUUUAGGACUGUUUCUGGUUUUGCCAUUGUUAAUAUGGUUAUAUCAGCAUAGAGAAAAAUAUGUUAUCAAAGGACUUGAGUUAAUGCAAAGGAUUUGGAUUGGUUUCUGAUGUUUAUGAUUCUCUCUUUAUCUCUCUCUUCCCCCCCUCCCCUAGGUUUAGUAGGGUAGCUCAAUUUUCUAAUAAAUGAAACACAGACUCAGAUGAUUGUUCUGCUUGUCUUUCCACUUCAGUAAUCAUGAACCCCAUUGACCAACCUUCUAAGCGCUGGAGUCGACUGCAGUUCUGGCAAAGACCAGUGUCAGUGUUGUUGCUGUGUGUAUCUAGGAAGCUGCAAUGUCUUCUUCUCUUCUAUCAUUUUGUUGAUACACAAUUCUCAUUAGAAUGCAAUCAAAUCAUUAUUUAGCUAUGGUUGAUUCUGUAUCACCUUCUGUAGUAUUGCUGGAGGUGGUUUGUGAGGAUAGAUGAGAGGUAGGUAUGUGGUUGUUCCAAGAGGUCCAAGAUGGGUGUAAUUCAUAGUUUAAUGUGGGCUCAGCUCCUCACUGGUAUCUGUAUAAUUCUGGGAGACUGGAGAAUGUUUUGCCUUUAAAUGGACACAACCAUCAGCCUGAACCCUAUCUGAACUGAUUAAAAAUGUUGCAGCCAUUUGCAACCUACCAUGAUCAAUUAAAGCCAUGUUUCUAUAUUAUAUUAAGGUAAACAGUGCUGAUUUUUGUUUUGUUGUAUACUUUAUGAAUGCUGCUGGUUAACUGUAAGGGCUGUUGGCUUUGUUCAUCAAUGUAAACCAAUUGCCACAGCUUACAAAUAAAGGCCACUCUCAUCACUUCUCUGGGAGUGGUCAGCUGGCUGGCCUCAAGGGACUGAUCAUGUGUCAAAGUGGGAGUGUAAUAUUGUAUAUAAUUUCUGCCCCCCUCCAUGUUCACUUUAAGAGAACAUAUGCAAGUUCAUUUUUUAAAUGUAAACUCUAAAAUGUAUUAAUACUGGAGACUGUAAUUAAUGCAUGACAAACUUAUAACAGUUUUUAUGACAAUAAAUUGAUUCCAACUUG